GAUAUCGCAAUAGCCUGGUAGGUUACCCUAUUCCAUGACAUACAUAAUAACAGGCUAUCAGGCUCACUGAUAGCUAUAUACCCUGUGAAGAGGGUACGUUCUAGUUGAUAUUCCGUCAGACUGUAACACCAAUGUAGCCUCUGUACCACGCCAGCGAAUGUUUCAAUCGUACCAUGACUACUGCGAAUCCAAUAGCCUCGAAUCAUUGUCCAGCAGGUCUUUUGGAAAGGUGGGGUCGCUUUGUCUUGCUAUCAUAAGAGCUUUACACCUUUAUAGCUCGUCAUUAAGCAAUUUCCAGGAUUAAAAAUCAAGAGAAUUGGUAAACGCGAGAUCAGCACUUACCAUUGUAGGCAUAAUGCUGCAUACUCGACAUCGGCUUAUAUGUAGAUUGUGGAAUUACCUUCAAGACACGCGUAGAAAAGGAUAGAGUGGAGAAUCAUGAUGAACGCAGAAAUACGCAUCUUCCUGACAUACCGGUUGAGUCAACAAUACCAGGGGAUCCGCAACAAAGUAAUGAUAUCUUCAUAAACAUGGAUACAUCUGCAUGUCAACCACCAAGACUUCAAGAAACCUCAACUGAAUACCUUUUGUGGCUCCACGCGUCACAUUGUGCGACAGUAGUUCAUUGCUUAGGCCGCUGGCAGUUUGAUGUUGUUGAGGAUGAGCUGAGGGAGUUUUGGUUGAUGGAGCGUGCACAUCUAAAUUGCAACAGCUUUCAUAAUACCCAGCAUUUCAAUUUAUUUUUAUUGGCUGAAGUGCAGGCGUACCAGGAUGCCGUAGCAGCUUUGCAAAUGCAACUUUGUGAUGCUUUAUCUCCAGACAGAGUGUCCAUGGUGGUUACAUUCGUCGAGAGACUUGAGCGCAUGCAUAGAAAUACAAACUGCUAUAUCGACGAGCUUAGAGGAUGUUUGGGAUACUUUAUUCACCUGAUGACCAGAUACGCCGAAUUAGCAAAGAUAACCAGGCUUAUUGACACUAAUCUCUCUGAAGUAGCGAUCAUAUCUGCAAUGUAUGCUACAUGGUCCACUUCGCUGAACUUUGACUCAAUAGUGAAACGCUGCAUCACGCUUUACAACUGUAACGAUGCUGUCCUGUUCUCUGCUUUAUGUGGCUUCGCUGAAGUGCUUAAGAACCUGAACACAAAUCCGACAAGAAAGUUAAUCACAUUUGCAGAUAUCCUAGUCGACACUAUACCCCUUAACUCCAAGUAUAAUUUGUCAAGAUCAUCUGCUUCACUGAUACAAUGUUAUAGUACUUUGCAUAUAUGCUCUAACGUCAGUAGCAAAAUUUUAACUGAUCUUAUGCUCAAGAAUGACAUUAACUUGACGAAUUUUUUUCUUCUGAAAGCUUGGUUCGACGAUUAUGUCGGACUAACGACUUUGAGGAAUAUGACAAUCUUAUAGGAAUUAUAGCGUAUACUAUACUUCAAUUCCAUCCAUGCAUCGUACUCUAUUGUCUUUGGGUUGAUCACUAUAAACAUAAACAAUUAAGCGCGUCACGGAAGUUGAUUCCGUAGAUCUUAUUUUGAUAAGCGGUCAGGAUGAUCUAAUAUGCAUGCAGGUUAAAACAAUAAACGCCCAUAACAUCUAAGAGUUCUAAUCACAUUACCUCCGGGUCAUGUGACUUAUACUCAACCUCCUCCUUAACUAGGAAAGCGGUAAUUUCUCUCCGAGGUACAAAGGUACGGAUAAGGCUAAAGUGUUGAGGUCACAUUUGUCUUAAUGGGGUCAGGUGUGAUAAUAUGUACCCAACCAAUAUAAAUCCACUUUGAGUCUCUCUUGUUUCUUUACAAUAGAAAUGAAAUUUACAACGCUACUUACACUAGCUGUCGGACUGACAGUAGUCAAUUCUCGCGUCGUCAGUCGUCAGGAAGACGAAAUCGAUGCAUCAAACACUAGAGAAAACAAUGAUCCAAAUGUCUACCCACCGCCAUUAGCAAAUGGUGGUAAAGCAUGGGCAGAUGCUUUUAAACAAGCAGAAGAGAUUGUUUCACAAAUGAGCAUAGAAGAGAAGGCUGCUUUGAUUACUUCUCAAGAAGGUAGAUGUGUCGGUACAUCUGCCGGUGCUGAGCGUUUAGGAAUUCCACAAUUGUGUAUGAUGGAUGGUCCAACCGGUCCAAGACCGAUUAAGGGUAUCUCCCAAUUCCCUGUUGGUCAAGCAGCAGCAGCUACCUGGGAUAGAGACCUUAUCUACCAGCGUUCUAAACGCAUGGGUCAGGAGUUCUUUGACCAAGGAAUUCAUAUCGCACUGGCUCCUGUAUCAGCUGGUCCAAUUGGUAGAUCACCACUUGGUGGUAGAAACUGGGAGGGAUCAUAUCCAGAUCCUUAUGCUAAUGGUGUUUAUUCAUACCUUUCCGUUCUUGGUCUCCAAGAUAGUCAUGUCGCCGCUACAACUAAGCAUUGGAUCGGCUAUGAGCAAGAAACCUUCAGACAUCCUUACAACACAUCUCAGCAAGACGAUGUCUUCCCAGUACUUGAACAAGAACCAAUUUCAUCGAACAUCGAUGAUGUCACCACACAUGAAGUUUAUAUGGCACCAUUUGCUGAAGCUAUUAGAGCAGGUUCAGCACAUAUCAUGUGUUCAUACAACGAUGUGAAUGGUACACACGCAUGUAACAAUGCUUACACACAAAAUCACCUUCUCAAGACAGAGCUUAACUUCCAAGGUGCUGUCGUUAGUGAUUGGGGUGGAGUACACCACGAUAUUGAGUCAGCUACUAAUGGUCUCGAUUUCUCUGCUCCGGGUGUUGGUUUCAACGGUACCAUGGGUCACUUCUGGGGCGGCCUUGCUGACCUUGUAAAGGACGGUUCUGUUCCAGAAGAGAGGGUAACCGAUGCAGCAAUUAGAUUACUCACUCCAUACUACUGGCUUGGUCAAGAUUCCGAGAAUACACCACCUGAAAUUGUUUUCAACGGUAACAAAUACAAUCUCAAGGAUGAAAACGGAUACAGAAAUGUCAGACAAGCAGAUACAGCUGAUCUUAUUCGUGAAAUUGGCACAGAGUCUGUAACUUUACUGAAGAACACAGGUGGUUUACCACUCAACAAGCCAGAACGCCUUGUCGCUUUAGGAUCUGAUCUUGCAAGCAACGCGCUUGGUCCAGAUGGCUGUGGUGAUGAUGGUACUGAAUGUCCAAUGGGCAAUUUCAAUGGAACAUUGACCAUGGGUGGUGGAUCAGGAUACACUAUACCGCCAUAUAUUACAACUCCAUUAGAGGCACUCAAGCAACGCACUCAAGCUGAUGGAACUGAAUUUUCAUACGCUCUCAAGAAUGACGACACUACUAUCCAGAAAAUCGUACCAAGAUCUGACGCUACUCUUGUCUUUGUUAAUAAUUGGGCAAAAGAGGAAGCGGAUAGACAUGAUAUUAACAUCGUAGAAGAACAAGCUAGCUUGAUUGAUGCUGCUGUUAACAGCUCUUCUAACGUUAUCCUUGUCUUACAUACUCCUGGUGUAGUUGAUAUUGAAAAAUGGGUCAACAAUGAGAAUGUCACCGCUAUCGUUGAAUCCUACUACCCUGGUCAAGAGACCGGUAGCUCGGUUGUACCAGUAUUGUUUGGUGAUGUCUCACCAUCAGGUAAAUUACCAUUCACAUGGGGUAAAUCACUCGAUGACUACCCACCAAACACCGUUGUCAGCGAUGCUGUCAAAGAACCACAAGCAGACUUCACUGAGGGUCUCUUGAUUGACUACAAAUGGUUCGACAAGCACAACAUCGAACCACGUUAUGAAUUUGGUUUCGGUUUGUCAUACACCACAUUCGGAUUCUCAGACAUCUCAGUUGAGGAUACUUACAAGAAGGAUGAUAAGGAGAUUCAAGCUACGAAUGAACCAUUCGAGGGAUUCGGAGAGGGUAAGAGCUUGUACGAUGUCGUCAAGGCUGUUACAGCAACUGUAAGCAACACUGGUGAUGUCGAGGGAUCAGAAGUUGCCCAACUCUACGUUUCCUUCCCAGGAGAAGGACAACCACCCCGUCAAUUACGCGGUUUCGAGAAAGUCAAGAAGCUCAAGAGUGGAGAAAGUCAGCAAGUCACCUUUGACCUCCGUCUCAAGGAUCUUAGCGUAUGGGACACCAACAAGCAGAUGUGGGUUCUCCCAUCAGGUGAAUACACCUUCUUCGUUGGUAGCAGCUCACGCGAUCUUCCACUUCACGCAACCAGCACUCAAUAGAUGCGGGAUGCUUUAUUGUAGUAAUGUAACAAAUAGAUUUAGACUACUU